AUCCGAUAUCUAAGCCGCGAUACUUGAUUAUGUGUUGAGCGUUUCGAAGGACAGUCAUAUAAACAUCGUCGAUUUUUCCCUCGAAUUUUAACUUGCCGUGGUGCAAAAUACUAACCGUGCACGAAAAUGGUGCCGGGGAAAGGUAACGUCUCUAAAGGAAAAGGAGCAGCCAAUGUUAAGGGGUCAACAUCCGCUACAAAAGUUAAGAGAGAGAGAGUGUCAGAACCGGAGGACUCUGAUGAAGAAGUAUCUCUUGCUGACGUCCGAGCUAUCGACUAUGCAAAAGCUUUACCCCGUUUCACAGCCAGUAAAAUAUUAUUGUUUAAUGCACGUCCAGAAGAUGGGGGUGUCAUGAUGGAUGACUUGGAUACUUUACAAAUGGAACUAGAAACACUACUCAAUUGUGUGGUUUUACGUUCCUUGAAUUUGCAAAGGGAAAUAGCUGGAAUGACUGAAAAGCCUCCAUCUCCUGGAAAACGUUCAAAACAGGAUGAACGUUCGCCAAAAAAAUUCAAGGACCAACAAGGAAGACUUAGGGAUGCACAUACACCUCCACUUCUGAAGCAAAUGAAGAUCAAAUCUGCUCUAGCUAAACCUAUACUACCUGAAGGAGGAGUGGAAGAGUUGCCUCCCUUAGAACUCAUGAAAACGUCUACCGCCAAAAACGAUACACCAAACAAGUUUUGGGCUUCCGUAGAACCCUACUGCGCUCCGUUUACGGAUGACGAUUUAAAGAUUGUGGAAGAACUGAUCUCGACUCACAAUGACGAUGAAGAAUAUUUGAAAAUCCCACCUCUCGGCCGUCAUUACACACAUCGUUGGGCAGAAGAUGAUUUGCUUCAGGAACAAAGAGAAGGCUCUCGUUUUGGGGAGAAAAAGAAAAUCACUUCUGGGACUUCAGGAACAGAAGAGGCUCAAAGACUGAUGGACGCUGCAGCUAAAAACAAUGGGGAAGCAAAUUCUACGUCUACAACAGGAAUAUGCGGACCCAUGACUCAGCGCCUCAUUUCAGCCCUUUUGGAAGAAAAUAUCGUAACAUCUAUACAAGAGACGAUGGAAUCGGAAGGACAAGACGAAAAUGCCAAAUCCACUGGUGAAAAAGCACCAGUUUUCAACGGACCUCAGACUGCUGCGCUUGAACGCCGUCUCCGCCAGGAAUUAGAAGAACAAGGCAUUCUUACAGCCGAUGAAGCCACUGUUAACCCGGCUGACGAUGAAAUAUUGACGGAGCUACGUCGGUGCCAAGGAGAAUUGAGAGCCAUAUCGCAGCAUAACUUGAAGCAGCUAAAACGACUUUAUCGUCUCGGUCAAGAAGAAAUGAAACGUCAAGAAAUUCGUAAAAAGCUGAUUGCAGCGGAUGCUGAAGUACUAGAUACAUAUCGCAAAAUGGUGGCGGCAAAACAAAAAAAACGACCCUUAACUAAGAAGGAAAAAGACCAAAUGUGGAAAACCCUUCGCGAUCGCGAGGCGAUUGUCAAACAGUUAGACACUGGGGCCCCGAUGUAAAUAUUUUUCAAUAAAGACAUGGAAAACUUUAUAAUGGU